UUGACUUUGCAUCUGUGGUUGUAAAUGAGCAGUCAGAAAUCUUAAUUACCCACGGGUACGCACAAAAACUAGAUACUCCAAUGAGUUGUUUUUGGCUGUAAACUUUCAAGGCGUUUUCGGAAAAUCAUGUGAAAUUUCUUGUAAAACCUCCAGAAAAUAAGUGUGUUUGACUCCCUCACUCCGUAAUUCCAGUUUAGCGUGUCUUGAUAGGUCUUGACGGGUGACACUUUUGUGUUUAUAGUAAGAAAAGAAAGCGUGUGUUUGGUUAAAAAAAAAAUGAUUUCAGCUGGAAUUGUUUACUAAAUUCUAGUAAUAUGGAAAUCAAACAGGAAGCGAAUUUCGAUCCAAUAGCGAGCCAGUUCAGCAUUAAUGGAGCAGAUCGGACGAUAGAAUAUCUCAAACAAGACUGUGAUUCAACAAACACAUCAACGGCUGUGGAAGUACUUAAUUCUAAUUCGUCAAAUGCGAAGAGUGAUCCAGAAACGAGUAGUCAAUUUUUCGAAGAGCCCAGCUCAGAGAGGAAAACAAUCGAAUCAAGAAGUUGCAAUGAAUAUGAUCAAAGCUCACCGAGUUCCCGUGCUUCCAGCGAGCAACAGGUAGCCUCUACCCCACGGAACCCCAUGCAGACCAGCGUGACCGAAAUCCUGCAGACCGCAACUCCAACCGAUUCCACACGACCACACGAAUGCGAGCUUUGCGGGAAACGAUUCCAACUGAAGGCGAACCUUAAAGCACACUUCCGGAUACAUUGCGAUGAACGGCCGUACGGUUGUGAUGUUUGCGGCAAGGCCUUUGCAAAUAGCAAAAUUCUAAGGGAACAUCGGUAUACCCACACCGGUGAGCGACCGUUCAAGUGUACCGUGUGUGACAAGGACUUUGCCAAACCAGCUUCACUAGUGUUGCACAAGCGUCUGCACACGGGUGAGCGACCCUGCAAGUGCACCGUGUGUGGCAAAGAUUUUGUGACCAAAUCCAACCUCAACGUACAUAUGCGCCUGCACACGGGUGAGAGACCGUACAAGUGUACCGUGUGUGGCAAGGAUUUCCCCGCAAGUUCACGUUUGAAAGAACACAAACGCACUCAUACGAGCGAGCAACCGUACAACUGCGAUAUCUGUGGUAAGGCAUUCUACACCAGCUGCUUUCUAAUGCAGCAUAGGAACUGGCACACCGGUGAACGACCGUAUAAGUGUCCUAUGUGCGGUAAAGAUUUUGCCUUUAAAAGCAAUUUUACCAGCCACGUGCGCGUUCAUACAGGAGACAUUAGGCGGCACAAGUGUGACACGUGUGGUAAAGAAUUCCAGUCAAGCUAUUACUUAAAGAAACACAAACGCACUCACAUCAACGAGCAGCUGAGGUGCACCGUGUGCGACAGGGACUUAGUCUAUCGCGCUGCCCUAACCUUACACAUGCGCCGCCAUACGGGUGAGCGACCGUUUACCUGUUCCGUGUGUGGCAAAGAUUUCGCUGCCAAGACUAACCUAUCUGCGCACAUGCUGUGUCAUACGGGUGAGCGACCGUACAAGUGCACCGAAUGUGGCAAAGGAUUUGCCCGUAAAACUACGCUGAAUGCACACAUGUCCGUUCACACUGGAGACUAUCCGUUCAGUUGUGAUGUGUGUGGCAAAGGAUUCAGUCGGGAGAUGCGCAUGAAGGAACACAAACUUGUUCAUGUAGAUGGCGAACCGCAUAGGGUAUGAUGUUGGAGGAAGCUUCAACAAUCCAUACUGGCACACGGUCUCUCGAAUCAGUGUAAUGUGGCUAAAUCAUUCAUCAAUGUAUGCCUAUUUUGGUUCGAGUAUUGUAUGCUUUAAUAUGUAGUAUCUAAACAACACGUAUUGCUCGAAUAGUUGAGUAAUGGGAACAUAAACGCAACAAUAGUCCGUGGCAGGUUUUUGUUAUUUUCGACUGA